AUGAAUGUGUCCAUCCCGGGCAAGUAUGGCUUCCGCCGCAAAGCCGAGCAGCGCUCCAGUGCCGUGGCCGCUGUCUGGGCACAGGUCAGUGGACUGGUAGACGCCGAGGCUCACCAACCGCGUGCGGCAACUGGUCGCUGCUGGGAGACCUUGCCGCAGGUCCCACCUGGAAGCUUUAGAAUUUGUGGGAUGAUGUAA